GUGCGCAUGCGUUCACUCCCAGUCGGCACUACAUCACCUGGCUCCCUCGUGACGUAGACGAAGAUUAUUAGUAGGCAAGCAGAUUAUUAGUGCACGCGCACAGGAGAGGGAGCGACUGGCAUGAUCCCAGUCAUGUGCGUGUCUGUGUGAACUGUCCUAAAACUGCACGCAGACAGCCGCUCCUCCCGGUAGGUGAGUGCAGGUUCACAACUGUCGGAACCGAGCCUUGUUUUCACAUUCAGGAAGAAGAGAAGACAGAGAAAGUCAUGGACAAAGGAGGAGAUUUAAAAAGAAGCCGUCGCAUACAGUAAAGUAACCUUUGAAGGGGGAAAAAACACGUCUGAGAGAGAAGAAGAAGUGUCCGGGGAGGGAAGAGCAACAAGAUGGGGAUGGAUUUCAGCACUCUUCGCACCCUCAUCAGCAGAUAUUGUGCUGGUGAGGAGAACUGGGUGGACAGCAGGACGAUUUACAUCGGACACAAGGAGCCUCCUCCAGGAACCGAGGCCUUUAUACAACAAAGAUUCCCCGACAACAGAAUAGUUUCCUCAAAGUACACAUUUUGGAACUUCAUCCCAAAGAAUAUGUUUGAGCAGUUCAGGAGAGUCGCCAACUUCUACUUUCUCAUCAUAUUUCUGGUUCAGUUGAUCAUUGACACUCCCACCAGUCCGAUCACCAGUGGACUGCCGCUCUUCUUUGUCAUCACAGUCACCGCCAUUAAACAGGGUUAUGAGGACUGGUUGAGACACAAAGCAGACAACGCCGUCAACCAGUGUCCUGUCCACGUGGUGCAGCAUGGGAAAGUUGUCCGCAAACAAAGUCGCAAGCUCAGGGUCGGAGAUGUCGUCUAUGUGAAAGAAGAUGAGACUUUUCCCUGCGAUCUCAUCCUCCUUUCCUCCUCUCGAGAUGAUGGGACCUGCUUUGUUACUACAGCUAGUCUGGACGGAGAGAGCAGCCAUAAGACAUACUAUGCAGUUCAAGACACCAAAGCUUACAACACAGAGAAGGAGGUGGAAUCUAUCCACGCUACGAUAGAAUGUGAACAACCACAGCCAGACCUGUACAAAUUUGUGGGGCGUAUCAACGUCUACAUGGACAGUGAGCCAGUUGCCAGGCCAUUAGGAUCAGAGAAUCUGCUUCUCCGAGGAGCCACACUCAAGAACACUGAGUACAUCUAUGCGGUUGCCAUCUACACUGGUAUGGAAACCAAGAUGGCUCUCAACUACCAGUCCAAGUCACAGAAGCGGUCUGCAGUGGAAAAGUCGAUGAAUGCCUACCUGGUGGUCUACUUGUGCAUCCUUAUCAGCAAAGCCCUCAUCAACACGGUGAUGAAAUACGUGUGGCAGGCAGACCCCAACAGAGACGAGCCCUGGUACAACGAGAGAACUGAGACAGAGAGACAGAGACACAUCGUCAUCAGGGCGUUCACAGACUUCUUGGCCUUCAUGGUUCUCUUCAACUACAUCAUUCCUGUCUCGAUGUACGUCACCGUGGAGAUGCAGAAGUUCCUGGGAUCCUACUUCAUCAUGUGGGACGACGAGAUGUUUGACGAACAGCUGGGGGAGAGAGCUGUGGUCAACACCUCAGACCUGAAUGAGGAGCUGGGACAGGUGGAGUAUGUGUUUACUGACAAGACGGGGACCCUGACAGAGAACAACAUGGAGUUCAUAGAGUGCUGUGUGGAUGGACACGUUUAUGUACCUCACGCUAUCUGUAACGGACAGGUGAUGCCCGGUGCAGCUAGCAUGGACAUGAUAGACACGUCACCAGGUCCCGGGGCCAGGGAGCACGAAGAGCUGUUUUUCCGGGCGCUGUGUUUGUGCCACACGGUGCAGGUGAAGGAGGAGGAGACAGUGGAUGGGAUCAAGCACGGCAUCCACCAAGGCAAAUCCACCUCCUUCUACAUUUCCUCAUCUCCGGACGAGGUGGCUCUGGUGGAGGGCAUGAAGAGGCUUGGCUUCACCUAUUUGAGACUAAAGGACAGUCACAUGGAGAUCUUGAAUAGGGAGGAUGAGAUUGAGAGGUUUGAGCUGCUGGAAGUUUUGACAUUUGACUCAGUCAGACGGAGGAUGAGCGUCAUUGUCAGAGCCAGCACUGGUGAGCUCUAUCUGUUCUGUAAAGGUGCAGACUCCUCCAUCUUCCCAAAGGUUAUAUCAGGCAAGGUGGAUCAGGUCAAAGCUCGGGUGGAGCACAACGCAGUGGAGGGUCUGAGGACACUUUGUGUUGCCUAUCGACCUCUGAGUCCUGAACAGUACCAGGAAGUGUGCCACCUGCUGAACGGGGCCAAAUUGGCACUACAGGACCGGGACAAACGUCUGGCCGAGGCCUACGACCUCAUUGAGAAAGAUCUGAUACUGCUGGGAGCCACUGCUGUGGAGGACAGGCUCCAGGAAAAAGCAGCAGACACUAUUGAGUCUCUCCACAAGGCAGGCAUGAAGGUGUGGGUCCUGACUGGUGAUAAGAUGGAGACAGCGGCCGCUACCUGCUACGCCAGCAAGCUGUUUCGCCGCAACACCCAGAUUCUGGAGCUUACCACCAAACGCACCGAGGAGCAGAGCCUUCACGAUGUCCUGUUUGACCUGAGUAGGACCGUCCUGAGGCAGCAUGGAGGCAUGACCAGGGACACCUUCUCUGGUUUAUCAAGUGACUGCACCGACUAUGGUUUGAUCAUCGAUGGAGCCACCCUCUCUGCAGUGAUGAGGCCCGGCCAGGAGGACUCAAACUCAGGGAACUACAAAGAGAUCUUCCUAGAAAUCUGCCGCAACUGCAGCGCUGUGCUCUGCUGUCGAAUGGCGCCUCUCCAGAAAGCGCAGAUCGUGAAGCUGAUCAAAGCCUCCGAGGAGCACCCGAUCACGCUGGCCAUUGGAGAUGGAGCUAAUGAUGUCAGCAUGAUCCUGGAGGCUCAUGUUGGCAUUGGUAUCAUGGGUAAGGAGGGUCGUCAGGCAGUGAGGAACAGUGACUACGCCAUCCCGAAAUUCAAACACCUCAAGAAGAUGCUGCUUGUCCAUGGACACUAUUACUACAUACGCAUCUCUGAACUUGUGCAAUACUUCUUCUACAAGAAUGUAUGUUUCAUCUUCCCCCAGUUCCUCUACCAGUUCUUCUGUGGCUUCUCACAACAGCCACUGUAUGAUACAGCCUACUUGACUCUGUACAACAUCAGCUUCACCUCGCUGCCCAUUCUGCUCUACAGUCUCAUAGAGCAGCACAUUAACAUGGACAUCCUGAAGAAGGACCCCUCUCUGUAUAGAGAUAUCGCUAAGAACUCUUUGCUGCGGUGGCCCAUCUUCAUAUAUUGGACUGUGCUGGGAGUAUAUGACGCAAUUGUGAUGUUCUUCGGUGCUUACUUCCUGUUUGACAACACCACCUUCACCAGCAACGGACAGAUGUUUGGAAACUGGACGUUUGGGACACUGGUCUUCACUGUGCUAGUCUUCACUGUUACAUUCAAGCUGGCUCUAGAUACACAUUACUGGACCUGGAUUAACCAUUUUGUCAUCUGGGGCUCGCUGAUUUUCUUUGUGGUCUUCUCUCUGCUGUGGGGCGGAAUCAUCUGGCCCUUCCUCAACUACCAGAGGAUGUACUAUGUGUUCAUGCAGAUGUUGUCCAGCGGUCCGGCCUGGCUGAGCAUAAUCCUUCUGAUUACAGCCAGUCUGUUGCCAGAUGUUGUGAAGAAGGUCAUCUGGAGGGCGCUGUGGCCCACCACUACUGAACGCAUUCAGAACGCUGAUAAACUCUACAAGGGCCAGCUCUCUGAGUUCACUCCCUUGGCGUCUCUCCACGCUCCAUCCAAGGCUGGCAGCCACCGCCGAGGCUCGGGCAACCAACGUAACGUCCCGAACCCUCGAAGGUCUGAACCUUUUACCAAGAAACUCAUGUUCACACGCUGGCAAAGAAAGCCAGACUACUGCACCUUCACCCCCCUCCUCCGAUUCGCCGAUGGUGCCCGCCACACAAGGCAGGGACACACCUAUGGCAUGGCGGGGCCAGAGACCUCAGUCUAAUUUAUUUCUCUCUGGUGUUUCUCCGUUCUUAUAUUCUGAUAUCAAACACAAUGGCAUCCAGAAGCUGACCAGGUCGCUGCUCGCAGAGCUGGAAAGUAAAGUUACCCAAAAGUAACUGAAGCUAAUUUAUUUAUAUUACUGAGCUGGAGUCAAAUAGCGGACUAUGUUGCUAACAGCAGGUAUCUGUAAUCCAUCUGUAAGAGAUUACAAUGAAAGUGACCUUCACAACUGUUCCCAAGUCAGCAGCUGAGUAUGGCACAAAGCACUAUGGGACGGCUCUGGAACAGACUCCAUCCGCAGGGCCUCGUUCGCCGCCGCGACGUGCAAAGGGCUCAGUGUAUUGAUGUCACAACAAACCAACAAACUAACUAACAACCCGACUCAAGAGCUCCGAUUUCUGAAACCUUGUUCUGUCACAUUGAAUAUGUGAGCACUGGCCCUUUAAGUCUGCCUGUGUUUGACAGCAAGGCAGCUGAAGUGUACUUUACUCUAAUUAUUAAGAUUUAGAUGAUUUUUUAAAUGAUGAUAAUCAUAAUGUAUUGUGACUGGAAUUGUGCUGCUGAUGAUGAUGAAGACAGUGGUGAUAAGCAUGGGCUUUCUCUGACCAAACAUUUUUCUUUUCUUCAAUUCCUACCAUCUCUCUCUUCCUCUCGUUCUCUUUGUCUGUCUGUCUGUCUGUCUGUUCUGCCUCCUUAUAGGACUAACUGGUGUUGCCUGUGUGCAAACAUAUUAUUCCGAAAUACUCCGUAGGAUCCUACAACACUGUAAGGAGGGCUAUAGCACAAGGAGUAAAGCCUAAGUGUUGGAAAAGUUUCCCUUUUUUUCCUGUUUCAUUAGUUCUUGUAUAUCAUGAUGUCUUAAACUUUAGCUUCACAUCCAACACUUAAGCUUUUAAACUCACGUGUAGGUAGUCUAGAGUGUUUGCUGGGAUAGAUGUCAGAAUAGAAACUAGAGUCGUCUUGCAUGUAUAUGUGUUAUAUGUGCAUCUGUGUGCUGAUAACUAGAGGCUGUGUUAGUGUGUGUGUGUGUGUGUGUGUGUGUGUGUGUGUGUGUGUGUGUGUGUGUGUGUGCUAUAUUCAUCUCUGCAGGAUCUCCAUCUCUCUUAUCAUCUUUAAAGCACUUUAACUGUCGACCUUCUUCUUAUAUUAAUGCUGAGAGACUUAUCUAAAUGUCCUAUAGCUUAUUGUUACAGUGAUAGAGUUCAGUAGAAAUAGCUACAAUAUGUGACUGCUUCCUAGCUGUUUCUUAUUGCCUUAAUGUCACCUUGUAAAUACUGCAUCAUUUUCCACAGAGAUUAUUUACCAAAGAAGCGACAAUACGCCUCCUUUAGGCAACAACUGAUAGAUACACUGUAGGUUUAUCUCAUUAGAUAAAGCAUGUGGUCUGUACUGUGGGUCAAUGUACUGUACACUCUAUUCUCAUGGUACUGUAAAACACUUUAAUUGAAAGUGGCCAGCAGAGAGAAUAUAGAGGACAUCUGUAGAGAAAUAUAUAAUGAUAACGAUAUAAUGAAAGAUAUAAUGGGAGAAGAAUGCAGCUCCUCCCUUGUCCUUAUGUGUAAAACAUGGGGUGCAUGUCAAUUCUGCUCUCCAUGUAGCAAACUGUUUUUAGAGGUUUGAUUUUUACUUUUUUUUCCCCAACUGUUUCCUCAAAGCAUCUUUUUAAAAAUGACCAUACAAAACAUCUUUGUCCUUGUUGAGAUAAUCAUAGUGCAACAAAAGUAUUCUGUCAAGUGCCCCAAAGAACUUGUUGCCUUAAAUAUUUACACCAAUUUUCUGAGAUCUGCUCAUUGGUCAUAUAUCCAUUUAUUGAUGAAAACAGAGACAUCUUUAUUUAUAAUACAAUAACACUAUGUUGUGUGACAAUAAUGUCACAGCUCAAUCUUCUCAAUCUUUACAAUGCAUCGAGUUUCUUAUUUGGAAACAAGGAAAACAGUUCCUUUUAAAUGAAUUAUCAUUUAGCUUUAAACUCAGUUUUGGCCUACUGUCACCCACCAGUCAGUCUAAUUUCAUCAUGAUUCAUCGAAUUUACAGUAUUAUUCUAUCAUAUUGAAGCUCACACAAGGCUACACCUUCCUGUGGGUGCGUUCUCAAAGUUAGAAACUGUUUCAUCACUUUACAAAAAAAAAAAAAAACUACAGUGAAGGACAGCCCAAGGUCUUUUUCAUGAGUGGAGUUAGUUAAUGUCAGUUCACAUAGCUUGUGAAAAUCAUAUUUCUGUCUUUGAAUAUAGGACUGAUCCAUGUCUUUAUUGAAGCUUUUAAUUUAUGUGCUAUAUAAUGAUAAAGUUGGAGUUUUAUACAUUCAAAUGCAGUUCAGGUGUCAGACCUUCAUGCUGAUUUCAUGCCACAGAUGUUUUUCCAUCUGAUGUCAACAGAAUAUACAUUUGUGAGGAAUUCUGGUUUGCAGGUCAGAUUAAUUAUAGCAUCUAAUAGUCCAGUGCUCUUUAAAGCCUUAUGAUGGUGUAACAAGAGUCUCUACCUUGAAAAUGGCCUUCGCAGCACAGUCUUUGAAUUCUGUCUCACAGUUUCCUCUUCCAACAUGUAUCCUUUGUCUUUCUUUCUAGCUGUCUCUGUCUGUCUUUCUCUCAUUCUCGCUCUGAUGAAGUGAUGUGGAAGUUUUCCUACCUCUCUGUGACAGCCACCUCCACCCCGUCUGAUCAUCGUCAUCCUCUCUCGCCUGUCUCAGCCAUUCUUCCAUCCGUCCAGCCAUCUAUCCAUCUAUCCAUCCAUUGCGAGACAGAGUAGAGUAAAGAGCAGAAAAGAUGAUUUUUUUUGUACUCUGAUUUUAAUAGUACUUCUAUGAACCAAAGCCUUGUUGCUGCUAGAGAUACUUUUAGCUGCUUUACAUUAGGUGCCUUGUGGUAGUUGAAAUCUGUCUUUGCUUGCUAUAUGUUAAAUUUACUGCUAAUAAUAGGCAUUUGGAUGGUACAAAAGCACUGCAGAUGAUGGAUGUAUGGAUGCAUGACUGAGGAGUGACUGGGAAAAUGGAUACGUGAAUGAAAAGGUGAAUGUAAAAACUGGUUAUAUGCAGAUUUUUCACCCCAAGACUCAUUCAAAACAACACAGCACUGAAAUAUCACAACUGAUACAAUUGAUGAACAAAUGAAUCACUUAUUGCACCAAAACAUUCAAUGACUUGUGUUUAAUAUCUGUUUUUUUAUUGUUUUUAUUUCAAAUGUUUUAUACAUGUCCAGGAAGACUGUUAUUUUUACUGUUUUCAUUGAUGUAAAAUGUCGAGAAUUACCCCCCACUACCAUAUUAAGAAUGAGUGAAGUGGUCAGAGAACACUGGAGAUAUAUCAGUCUGAUGGUGUCUUUAAUCUUUAUUUAAAAAAAAAGAAAACUUGAAGUGAGUACCAGCUCUGCUCGAUCGAUCAACUGCAGUCGAUCAAUGUUACAAACUGGGAAUUUUUCAAAAAAAAAAAAUAAAAAUAAAUGUAUGUUUCCUUCUAGACAACUGAAGACACUCACAGCUGUAUUAAUAUUUAUAACAGUAAAGUUAGGGGUUCUUAUACUGUUCCUUUCAAUUUAUCUCCAAACUUAAUUUUCUCUGGUUUUCUUAUUAAAGGGUCACUUCACCCAAAUUCCAAAAGAAGAAAAAGGCUUCUCACAUACCUCUAGUGGUAUCUGGCCAUGCAGAUCGGAACUACUGUCUAUCAAAUAAAUAGUCCCCUUGGAAAACUUUUCACAAUGAAGUCUGUGGAUUAUUCAGAGUCAUAGGGACAUUUUUUGAGCAAUAGCAAUCUGAGACACCGAUGUCUCCAAACUUGGACAAAUGAAGUUAUCUGAUUGGUUUGAUACUACUAGAGCGAGAAAGUACUUUUAUGUUCCAUUUGUAAUUUGGGUGAACUGGCCCUUUAAUGUUCUCAGGACUCUGAAUGUACACAUGUAAUCAAGGAUCCUGUUCCACCUUCUGUAUGUCUGAAUUCACAUUAGUUUCAGACAGAUACCUGUUCUUCAAGGCAGACACAGAUUAACUAAAAUGACCAAAAGAUGACACUUGCGCCCAUCUUUUUUUUUUUAGCUUGUUUUGCCCCAGAAUGAAUGAGGAAUAAUUCAUUUAUUCAAGAUAUUGCUGACGAAAAACCUCCCCGACAAAAAAGAAACAUAACUGAGGACAGAGACGAACCUCUGUCAUGUCGGAAACUGUACAGAAACCAGUUUUUCUUAGCUAGUAUGCAUUUAUUGAUAUAAUCACUCAACAGAUUUACUCAGAAAAGGUAACACAAGGAUUACCCUACCUCAGCUUACAUACUAUUGCCUUGUAUGUUAAUAAUCCAUCUCAACAAAUGUGGCCUCUAAGCUCUAAUCAUGUGGCGAGGGAAAAAUUACUACAAUCAUCUCUCAAUCUUAACGUCCUAGUCUUACAAUCAAAUGUCGUCCAUCACAAUCAAGAGUCAGUUAUUUGAAAUCUAAUCUAUUAGAUGAAAAUGAAUUCUCCCCACAAAUUAAAACUCAAAGAGACUCUUUUAUUGUGUGUUAAAACAGAAGUAUUUUGAAUUGUCUGAGCAUUUAUUAGUUUUCCAAUCAAACUUGACCCCCCCCACCCCCCCCACCCCCCGUCCUGUGUCAUGUAAUCCAUCGUCAGAAAACUGUGGAAUCCAAAUGAAUGAAUUAAAAAAACUACAAAAAGUACCCAGAAUACUAUAGAGAUUUUUGUAUGUGCAGUAUGUUAAAGAUCAUGUGAGGCUUUGUUACUUUUUUUUUUUUACUUUCUGGAGACAGUAUUUGAUGCGUGUCUUAUUUUUGUAGAGGAGAAUCCGAACAACCAAACAGAGUUGUGACAAAACAACACUGGACAUGUUUGUUUGUAUGUGUGUAUGCAUAGCUUUAAAGAGACAAAAAAAAGAGAUUUCUGUGGUGUUAGCUGACGCUCAGACACACCCUUGCACUGAACCGUCUUGUCUGAUGAUUGACACUUUGCUGUAGAAACUUUCCAAGCCAUUAAGGUGGAUUUAAGGUCUUACUGUACCAAUAACUCUUGUCCUAACUGUCCUGAUCUUUCAAGACCACCUAAACUGACAGCCUUCGAACAGAAUGUUAUCUUUCUCUUUUACGAUGUAUUAAUGUACAGUGUUCUAUAUUUCUCGUAACCUACAGUAUCUAUAAAUAACUGUAUACUCAGAUACAGUAUAUAUAUAUAAAUAUAUAUAUACAAUAUAAAUGUAGUUAUGUUAAUUGAUGUACAGUUUUGGGGUCUUUUGUAUACAGUUUUUAACAGAGUCAUAUCAAGAUUUACUUGUGGAUUUUUGCCAACCUUUCUGUAGCUAUUGACGGCAAACAACUGUACAUUUGCUUGAAAAUAAAAGCCAGA